AUGAUUCUCAGGAAACAGAAGCUCGCCCUGCUCCUUCUUCUCCCCGUCCUGGCCUCGGCCGCCGCCGUCGACAAGGCCGCCAACACUGACGUGGGCACCAAGGAGGACGGCAAGCCGCACGCAGGCCCCUUUGUGGACAUCCCUACGGACAAACCAAAGCAAAGCGACUAUGAUACUGCAAAGGUAGACCACCAGACGCUCGAGGACGUGCUGGCCGACCAAAAGAAGAAGUUGCAGGCAGGCUCGAAGGAUGGCGUCAUGGACGACACGGAUCGCGCCUCGCCGAAGAAGGGGACGACUGGAACCGAGGGCGGCGUUUCCGAACGAAACAAGGUUCACAAAGCGCUGGAGGAAGAGAAGGGUAGUAGACUGGAGAAGAUUCCCGUGUCCCCCGACCAGGCGCGACCAUUGCCGCACGGCGAGAAAGGACGCAGUGGUCUGGAUCCCAUUAAUGGGGACGAGGUGACGGGCGACCAGAAAGCGAAAGGAGCAGCUGGCUUAGAGAAACCUCUAGAUCUCCCCGAGACGCCCUAUAGUGAUACUGGAUCUUCCAAGCCUGUCAUCCCAUCGAUGCCCGACGACCUCGAUUCGCCGUCUUCGAAGUCGUCGAGCAAGCUCUCGUCGGCCAUCGGCACCACAACUGAAAAGGAAGAAGAGGAUGAUGAGGGCAUCAUUCAGCCCUUCCAUUCCUACGUACUCUCCCUGACCAUGAUUCUGUUUUCUGAAGUGGGCGACAAGACGUUCCUCGUCGCCGCUCUUAUGGCCAUGCGGCACCCGCGCGCUCUAGUCUUUUCCGCCGCUUUCUCCGCCCUUAUCGCCAUGACAGUCCUCUCCGCCGUCCUCGGCCACGCUGUUCCAACGCUGCUCCCCAAGAAAUUCACCAACUUCGCCGCGGCGGUGCUGUUCCUCGUGUUCGGCGCCAAGAUGGUGCGCGAAGGUCUCGCCAUGAGCCCCGACGAGGGUGUCGGCGAGGAAAUGAAGGAAGUCGAGCAGGAGCUCGAGGAGAAGGAGCAUCAGGCCAGCAAGCGGCGGCGGUCGUCCGUGACGCCGUACGUGCUCGAAGCUGGUCGCGGACGCCGCUCCCGUUCCAACUCGCGCCUGCCCACUCACCGCAGCCCGUCUUCGUCGCGCUCGCGCUCGCGCUCCCCUUCCGGCUCCGGCAUCACUCGCAUCACCGACGGCCUCGGCAACCUCUUCUCGCUCCUGCUCAGCCCCGCCUGGGUCCAAACCUUUGUUAUGACUUUCCUGGGCGAGUGGGGCGACAGGAGCCAGAUCGCCACGAUCGCCAUGGCCGCUGGACAAGAUUAUUGGUGGGUCACUGGCGGUGCGAUCAGCGGACACGCCGUCUGCACGGGCGUGGCUGUCAUCGGUGGCCGCGCCAUUGCGGGAAGAGUCAGCAUGCGUGUUGUCACGCUUGGCGGCGCUUUCGCCUUCCUUGUUUUUGGUGUCAUUUACCUCAUAGAGGCAAUGUACUCGGAGUAA